UCCUCCUUUCCUUCUUCUCCACCUUCAAACACUAAAUGCCAAAGAAUUUUUUUUUUAAAAAAAAAACACCAAAAUGAAUCAUAAACCAUAAAUCUUCUUCUCCGAUGGGAAAAUUCAUCAGCGUCACCGCAUCUCCGCCUCUCUGUGUCCGAUCAAAGCUCCUCUGUUUUUCACUUCUCUACUUAUUCACCACACUUUCUCUGUUUCUAUACGUCUCUCUCUCAAGAAACCAAUGCGUCUUUCGAUACUCACCGUUCGAUCCGAUUCAAACCAAAAAUUUCUCUUAUCCUUCUUCUUACGGUGAACACAAAUACGCUCUUCCCACUCACCGAUCUUCUUGUUCUUCCCCUGUUUUCUUCUCAGAUUACUGGACUGUUUUGAAGGAGAUACAGAGUAUAUGUAGCGAUUCAUCAUCAUCAUCAUCAUCGGAGAAUUUGAGAUACAUUAAUGGAAAAAGUGAAACUUUCGGUGGUAAUUUCAGUGCCCAGAAGAGAUUUUCUUAUUUCAAUCAUUCGAAAAAUGACGUCGAAGUCCCGUGCGGCUUCUUCAGAGAUUUUCCGAUCAGCAAUUCCGAUAGAGCUGAGAUGGAGAAAUGUGGACUAGUAGUUGCAUCAGCCAUAUUUAACGACCAUGACAAGAUUAGACAACCAGUGGGACUCGGAGUUAAAACCUUAGAAACCGUUUGUUUCUACAUGUUCAUCGACGAUAAGACAUUAAAUUCACUCUAUCACCACAAUGUCAUCUCAAAAAACAACAAUCCAAGAGGUUCUAGAGUUGGAGCAUGGAGAAUCAUCAAAAUCUCAAAAUCCGAAAGCCUAUACGUUAAUCCGGCUAUGAACGGUGUUAUACCAAAGUAUCUAAUACAUAGAUUGUUUCCAAGUUCCAAGUUUAGUAUAUGGAUCGACGCAAAAAUCCAGCUCAUGAUCGAUCCUCUACUUCUAAUUCAUUCGAUGUUAGUAGUUCCUGAGGCCGAUAUGGCCAUAUCUAAACAUCCAUUUUUUGUGAAUACAAUGGAGGAAGCGAUGGCUACUGCGAGGUGGAAGAAAUGGGGAGAUGUUCAAGGGCUAAGGAUGCAAAUGGAGACUUAUUGUGAGCAUGGUUUAAAGCCUUGGAGCUCUCAUAAGUUGCCAUAUCCCACGGAUGUACCAGACAGUGCAUUGAUACUAAGAAGACACGGGGUAAGAAGCAACCUGUUCUCGUGCUUUAUGUUCAACGAGUUAGAAGCGUUUAACCCGCGAGACCAAUUGGCGUUUGCGUUUGUGAGGGAUCACAUAAACCCUAAGGUGAAGAUGAACAUGUUUGAGGUCGAAGUGUUUGAACAAGUAGUUGUUGAAUACAGACACAAUCUCAAGAAGAUUGAGACAUCUUCAUACGAGCAACAAGAAGAAGAACAGAAACAAGAAUCGUUGAGGACAAUACAGAAGAGAAGAAAAUGAUUUGGGUAUAGGACCAAGGAGACAGCCAGGAAGAGGACAAUUGCUGCUAUCCGGGUGACCCUACAGUACACUCAUUGGAGAUGUAAUGAGGUGCAUGAGGCAUCUACAAGUGGACUGAACCAGGCUAGGAGAGCCCCUUCAGUUCCUACUCUGCAGCAGCCUAGUUCUGUUCAUGCGCCUCCUUCUGAGAGCAAGCCAGCUGCUCAGCAAAUGGUGGAGCAUGGGCGAUGCUGCUAAUGCCUGAAGACAUCAACAGCACCAGGAGCUCCUCCGGUGAACCCACUUGGUGGUUGGAGAGGGUUUGCCAUCCAGGCAGACAGGACGCUUCAAGAAUACCAUCAAGAUUUUGUUAAUGCAAUGGAGCAUGCACCCGAGGCCUACACUGCUCAGAGUUUGCUAACUUCUUCUUCCAGGGUCUGCAUUCCAACUUCAGGGCAAUGAUCAGGGAGAUGGGCAGAGGCAUAGGAAGUCGUGUAAGGGAAGUCUACAACAGAGCCUUGUGGGUAGAGAGAUCCUUUCAGACUGGAAGGCCUGUCUACAUCUCUUCUGACAGCAAAAUGGAUGAAGAUGAAGAUCCUUCCGAAGAAGACCCCUCUGAAGAUGAUCUUCUUGAAGAUGCUGAUAGUG